CUAAUCAAUUGGCUCAUAUGGUUGGUAAAGAGAAAGAGGCACUUGGAGGCAUGAUUCAUCUCAUCCUAGAAUAGAUAUUUAAAGCAAGUCAGAAGAAUCAUGAACUUGAAGUGCCUCAUUCUCUCCACUGGCUAUGAAGGGUUGCUAAAACAAUAGCUCAGAUGCAGGUGUCUAAAAGAAAUAAAGCUCUUGUUAAUGCAGCACGUGAAUCUAGUGCAGCUCAGAUAAAUCAGCUGCAGUCUGCAUUGAAGAGCAUUGCUUAUGAAAUUGAAUUACUGGAUGAGAAGCAAACCCUUUGUGAAAGACAGAACGCUGCACUGUGGCUAUAUGUAAUGAGAGAAUUCUCGUAGCAAAACUGAAAAAAGAGAGUGAGCAUUUGGAAGAAAAAAUGGAAUUUAAAAAGAGAGACAUGCUGGGAGCCUUGGAAAAGAAAAAUCAGCUUGAUUCUGAAUUAUUGCUUUUACAAUCAAAAAUUGCACAAGAAAAAGAAGAUUUUGAUAAGGAACUUAAGAAGGCUAAGGAGUAUCUACAGAACGCUGAAUGCCUGAAUAAAAAACUUAAAUCGGAAAAUAAAACUGCACGCCAAAAGUUUGAACAAGCACUGAAAGAAGAAAAACAAUGGGCUAGAAAAAGGGACGAGAUGGAGGCAAAAUUGAAGAGAUUAUCCACUUUGUUGGAUGAAAAGCUUGAAUUUCUGGCAAAUCUUGUGAUGGAAAAGAAGAACCUAGAGAUGGAAAUUGAAAAUCUUGAGGACAGCCUGCUAAUAUCAAAGGAGAUGUAUGCAAAGGAACUGGCAUCUCUAGAGCAAGAUUUGAAGACAGAAAAUAAGAUGAGAGUAAUGCUUCAGUGGAAGCUACUGUACUUAAAAAAGCAGAGAAAACUGUUUUUCUCAGAGGAGGAGAAUAUAAGCAGAAAAGCGAGUGAAUGGAUAGAGGCUGUUAAAAAAAGGUGUGCUGAACUACUUCUGAAGACUGAAGACCUUGAGAAAGAAAUUCUUCAGUCUGAAAACCGAAUCAAAGCACUGAGUGAAGAAGCAAAUAAGAGGGAAAAUGAUUACAGGAAUUAUAAUGAAGAUUUCACUAACAAAAUAAAAUGUCUGGAGAAUGACAUCAAAACUGCAACUGAAAAUCUGCUUAAAAAAGAACAAGAAUUAAACGCAAGCAGGCUAACCUUGGAAGAAACCCAGAAAGAAAAAGAAGAGAAGUAUACAAAAUAUGAAGAACUGAAGAAAUCAUUUUCAGAAAAGAAAGAUGAAGAGUUAAGAAUCAAAAGAGCCAUUCAGCAGUCAAUCAAGACUACUAGGAAGCUCAAGGAGGACAUGCUGGAGCUAAGGAAUAAGCUGCGGAUCAAGCGUGAUGCUGCAGUUAGUCAGCUGAAGAAUCACACAGAGAGUAUGAAGUUGCUGGAAAGAGACAUCUAUGAGAUCAAUAGAAAACUUGACAUUGUGAACACGGAGAACUGCAGAUUCAAAUUAUGCAAUGUGCAGAUGAAAGAAGAUAUUUUUGCAAUGAAUUCUGAAGCAGAAAACCACAAGUCAGCAACAGUCAAAAUUCUGAAUGAGCUAGCAGUGCUUCAUGAUCAUCUUCUGAAGGCAUGGUCAGAGGACAGCUUUAUUCAAAAGGAAUUUCUGGAGAACGAGCAGGAAAUUCUGAAUGCAGUGACGGCCCUAGCAACAAAAAUUCAACAUCGAGAGGAAAAGAUUGGUGAUAUUAAUAGCAGGCUACAAAAUAACCUGGAAGGACUGGAUUCUCUGUUUGAAAAAAAAUCUAGAAUGGAUGAUCACUGUUUUGCUGAAGGCUAAAACCCCUGAGGCCAGAAGGAAGAAGUCAGGAUAAAGUGCAGUGAAGAAAUGAGGAGAUGCUUCCAUCAAAAAAGAACAUCUUGAGCAAGAUUCUAGUGCUUAUCUUCAGCUAAGUCUCUUUCCCCUCACAGAAGGUAGAAGCCAGAACGCAUGAUGAAAAAAACAAGUGCUGUUUCAUUUAAG